UUAAAAACACAUAAUCAGUUGCGGCAGCUGCGCCCCUGCUGGCCGUGGCCUGUAACUGCAGCAGCUGCGCUCUGGAACCUGCCCACUUUCUUUCGGUUUUAACCUCCAAAGUAAAAUCACAUGACGCGCAUUUUGUCAUAUGACAGCGAUGAGAGGGUUGAUUCUUGGCUGAAUAAGGAUCUGGUGUUCUCGGAGCCGCUCAGGGAUGAGAUGCUGCAGACAGACCCAGGGUGGAGGUUCGGGCUGAUCCGCAGGAGGAUGGACCGUCAGGGGCUUCUGUCUGCCUUCACCGCCGCUUGUCUCAUCGGCCUGGUGCAGAGCCAGACCACGCUCAGCCCUGCUGUGAUGAACACCACCGUGCCGCAGAACGCCACCGUUGUGACUCCAACAACACCCGUGAUUUUCAGCAGCACCACCCCAGGCUGCUUCGCUUUCAACGUUUCCACUUGCGAGGCCUGCGCACCGGGGUCGCAGUACGACAACAAAACGCUGCUGUGCACAUGCUGCCCUGAUCCUGGGCUGUGUAUAUUUCCUGGAGCUUGUCUCCCAUGUAGGACAGGUUUUCAUCAGCCGCUGGCAGGACAGCAGGAGUGUCUGCCCUGCAGCCGAGGCUCCUACACAAAUGUCACUGGGAGCCCAUUGUGCCACCCCUGCCCCGCUGGAUCUUUCAACAACAACACCGGUGCAGAAAGUUGCUCAAGCUGUUCGCCGGGUUUCUUUGCAUCAAAGCUCGGCUCUACUUCGUGCACACCAUGUGCGGAGGGAAGCUUCUGCAACUUGUCUGGUUGCGCACAAUGCCCGGUGUGCCCCGCAGGAACCGAAGCUCUGCAGACUGCUGCUAAAGACUGCACCCCCUGCAGGCCAGGCAUGCACAAGGCUCCCCAUCAGAGGAUGUGUCAGAUCUGCAGCAGCGGCUACUACCAGAUCCUCUGGGGUCAGGAGAGCUGUGACCUGUGCCCAGAGAACCACUACUGCCCUGUGAGCGCCGCACAAAGUCAGAACAAUCAUGGCUGAACCGGAAGGAGAACCUGAGUUGUAAUGACGGAGCGAGUUGUUCUUUCAGAGCCCCGACGUGAACCCCAUCCAGUGUCCGAGCGACGCGUUCUGCCCCAAAGGCAGCACGGCCCCGGGUUACUGCAUGGAGACGUUCUUCAGGAAAGCAGGGGACACCUGUGAGCUGGCGCCUGUCACUAUCGCUCUGUUGGUCAUCGGAGGAGGCGUGGCCCUGCUCUUCAUCAUUUUGUUGGUUCUUCGUCGGCGGCGGGACUCCGACAGGGAGCUGGCGGUCGCCCGGGCUCCUCUGCUACGCAAAGAGCGACCUCAGGGCCGGUACUACGGCCUGCCCUGUGACACGGAACCGGUGUAUGCCGGCUGGUGAAGCAGAACCGAACCGAACUCUGGCGUUAAAGUCCUGAAAACACCUGCAACAACCCACCAACCUGUCCUAACCCAAAAAUAAUAACAUUCUGGGAUUUUCGAUGGUUUCAGUCUUUUACAAACUGUCCCUCUUAAAGUACUUUAUUGUUGGAUAACUUUUUUUUUUUUAUAUCACGGAAAGCACUUUUUAUACUGUUUUAAACUCAUGUCAGAGAAUAAUAAAGGAUUUUGCCACUUCA